UAACUUUGACAGUUAAUCAACGCCGAAAAAUUCCCGUUUUUGUUGCUUCGCAAAUUUAAUAAAUUCCGUAAUUCUGAACAAUUUGUGAUAACUGUGAGCUGAUAUAUACUACGGAAGAUGGUGGCACGGGUUGCUGGCGUUUUCGAUGAAAAGUUAACGGAGGCAAUAGCAAACUCAAAGAUUUUAGUAGUCGGCGCCGGCGGUAUAGGUUGUGAAAUUCUAAAAAAUCUCGUUCUCACCGGCUUUCCUUACAUAGAAAUCAUCGACCUUGAUACAAUCGACGUAAGCAAUCUAAACAGGCAGUUCUUAUUUCACAAAGAGCAUGUUGGAAAGUCGAAAGCUCAGGUGGCGAAGGACAGCGCGCUCAGUUUCAACCCCAGCGUGAAUAUCAUCGCACAUCAUGAUAGUGUGAUUAGUAAUGAUUAUGGUGUCAAUUACUUCAAACAAUUCAACAUGGUGAUGAAUGCGUUGGACAAUCGUGUGGCGCGUAACCAUGUGAACAGGAUGUGCUUGGCUGCCAAUAUUCCUUUGAUUGAAACUGGCACUGCUGGAUAUGCUGGACAGGUGGAACUCAUCCAAAAAGGUCAAACUCAAUGCUAUGAAUGUCAACCAAAAGCGCCACAGAAGUCCUUCCCAGGCUGUACCAUAAGAAAUACACCAUCAGAGCCAAUCCAUUGCAUUGUAUGGGCCAAGCAUCUUUUUAACCAAUUAUUUGGUGAAGAAGACCCAGACCAGGAUGUGAGCCCUGACACUGCAGACCCUGAGGCAGCGGGAGACGCAGGGGCCUCUGCCCUAAGAACUGAAGGAACUGAAGCUGGUAAUGUAGAACGAAAAAGCACAAGAGCAUGGGCAUCAGAGACAAAUUAUGAUCCAGAAAAGCUGUUUUCGAAACUAUUUGGUGAUGACAUUCGUUAUUUGUUAUCUAUGGAAAAUUUAUGGAAAAAGCGUCGUCCGCCCACUCCUUUGACAUGGAAUAAUUUACCAGGGAAAGGAAAUCCUACUGCUCAACAUUCAGGAUUACCUGAUCAGAGGGUGUGGUCAAUGCAUGAAUGUGCUCAGGUAUUUGGAGACAGUUGCAAGGCAUUACAAGCAGACCUCAAAAAUCGUCCAGAAGGUGACCACCUAGUGUGGGAUAAGGACGAAAAGAGUGCUAUGGACUUUGUGACAGCAUGUGCAAACAUCCGUGCACACAUCUUCAACAUUCCACUGAAAUCACGCUUUGAGAUUAAAUCAAUGGCAGGCAACAUCAUCCCAGCUAUAGCUACAGCCAACGCGAUAGUAGCUGGUCUAGCAGUGCUGCGAGCACAGAACCUGCUCAAAGGAGAGACUCGAGCGUGCACCAGUGUUUACCUGCGCCCCAAGGUCAACCAUCGCGGACAACUGUUUGUUCCCGAGAAAACUUUAACCGCGCCAAACCCGAAAUGCUACGUAUGUGCUUCAAAACCAGAAGUGGCCCUCGCUUGCAAUCUCAAACAACUAACACUCAAGGAUCUCAAUGCAGCUUUCAAAGAUGGUCUGAACAUGCAAGCGCCAGAUGCAGUUGUAGAAGGCAAAGGCCUGGUUGUACUAUCAUCAGAACCUGGUGAAACUGACCAUAACAAUGAGAAAACUCUAGAAGAAAUUGGAUUAAACGAUGGAAGUGCUUUAGUAGUAGACGAUUUCCUGCAAAACUACGAAGUCCGUGUAAUAUUACAACAGAAGGAUGAGGAGAAAUCGUGGCGUUUAGUUACAGACCCAGACAUUCCAAUGCCGGGGCCGAAGGAAGAGAAACCUGCAAACGGAUCGAAUGGUGCUGAUGAACCCAAACCAGGUCCAUCGUGUUCUAAGGAAGACAGUGAUAGUGACAUGGAGAUAAUUGAGGAGGAUGAUACCGGAGAACCUGCACCUAAGCCACCCAAGCGCAGGAAGGUUGGGAUGAACAAUGAAAUUGUUGAUUUGUGCUAGUAAUGUCUUAUUGAUCAUUGUUUGUAUUCUCAUUGUCACAAACAAUGGCAGUUAUGAAUAGAAUAUUUAUAAUAAACUUUAUGCUGGUCGCAUAUUACAGGCGAGACGAUUGCGGCUGAUUUUUUGUACUCGAAAUUCCGUAUCGUAUAUUUAUAUAUCAAUGCGUUUAAAUUAUUUGAAAAUAGAAUUCUUGACUAGGAAAGUCGCGUACUGAUUAUUAUCUCAACCAUUUUGAAAUAAUGUUUAAAAUUACUUUAGCAAUAUGUUUCUCUAGCCCGCAUUGGAGCAGCAUGGUGGGUCCAAGAUCUAUAUUCCUCUGCUGUCAGAGGAGAUAUACAUGGUAUAACACUACAAAAGUGGCUGUCAAAAAAUUUUAAUUAGCUAAAAAAUUACUUUUAAUUCUCUAUGACCCACAUCUUCAAAAUCCGAAAUACAUUUUGGGAACUCAAAUAAGACGCUGCAUCAUAAUGACUGUGCGAGAUUCAAUAUGCAUUUCGUGUCUUACUUUAAACAGUGUCUGGAAAUCAGGACCAUGUACUUACAGAAUAAUUCGUUGCUUACGGUUCGUCUUGCAAUGUGCAAUUAUCUUUAUACAGUUUAAGUAUAGCAAAGUUAAACGCACAUUUAACAACGUGCCGUGCUAUACUGUUACGAGCUAAUUUAUAAGAAUCGGAUAAUUGAUUCUUGUUCCUUUAUUUAUUUACUGACAUAAAGCAUAUAAUUUUCUAAACGUGUAGACUGUAGUAGUAGAUUUUGCCCUUACGUAGAUUUUUUUCUGUAUAUAAAAUGUUGCCUCAAAUGAUUGUUAAACUCAGUUGACACCAAAUUUAGCUAGUCAGUACCAGUAGCCACUGAGUAAAGUUGCCAUCAAAUAACGCCCAAAUUAUUAUAAAACCAGCUGUUGCACGUGACUUCGUAAUAACAUAUAGCCUAUGUUACUUAAGCUUUCUUUUGGUGAAGAAAUGCUUAACAUCGGUCCAGUACUUUCGGAGCCUAUUGGGUACAAACAAAAUAUUUUUAAGAGGAAAAUUUUCUCUUAAAAACCUACGUAAUUGUAACUGCAAACCGAGUUGAAAUGAACUCAGUUGGAAAAUUAAAAAAAAAACGUUCAGAAUGCUUUCCACUAUCCUUAGUUAAUUUAUUUUGUAGACAGAAUCGGCCUGCCCGCAUACAAACGUAAUCGCAUGGUCACCCUACUGUUCAUUCUAGAAUUCUAAGGUACAUAUCGAUUCGCUCGCUCCCAACCUUACGGAGUUAACAAAAUGUGGUCUAGUUUUUAAGGUCCUUUUUAAAUAAAAUGAAAGCAACAUAUGCAAUAAAUACAAGUGUAGUUAAACUUUGUUUUUACUAUCAACUUGUAGAACUUUUGUAUUACUAAUAAAUAAUUAAUUGUACAAAGAAUUUAAUUUCAUGUUUUGAACUUCGAAUUGAUUUUAAAACUAGUAGGUAAUCUUGCUGAAACGUUUAAACUUCCGAAUAAUGAAAAGCAACGUUAAAAAUGAGAUUUUAAUAUUUUUGUGACUUCUUUAUUUACACAAACGUCAAUAUAAGGCACUUAGGGCUAUAUUAAUUAACGUAGCAUAACGACGGAAUAGAGAAGUAUUUCCACGCUCUGAUAAAAAAUAAAUAAAGUGUUACAAAACACUCCUUACAAUCCGAUGUUACGCCACGUUUAACAAGGCGUUUGAUAAAUUAAAUAUUUUAGAUCGUCUUCACUUUUCAGUAUUCGGCUGUAAUUGAGUAAUUAUUGAAUACGUAGCUAAUGAAGAAAUUUUGUAAACUACCUUAUAAAUAAGAUAAUAAGUUGUAAGUUUAACUUUCUAAAAUACUACCUACUUCUCAAAAAUAAAGAAUGGUUAUGAAA